CCGUCAUCCUCGACAGGUCAUCGACUCGAAUCCCCCGACAAAGGCAAAGGCAAACCUGAGACAAAUCUGCCCAAAUCCCCUUGUGCCCAAGGGGAACUCCUGAAUGUCACAAUGGGCCGGCGACCGAAUAGCCUCAUCCUGCAAUACUUUGAGCGUGGCCCUAAGCUCGCCGACAACAGCAAUCGAUACCCUCACACCUGCAAAGCCUGUGGCGAGAACUUCCCCAAGGGGCGCAUUGACAGCUUGACAAACCACUUGACUAAGAAAUGCCCUGCCAUUUCUGAGGCUGACCGAAUCAAUGCUUGCCUAACCCUUCAUGGCAUUCAUCAUGCUACCCAGCGUAGCCAGAAACCCCCACCAGGCCAGGCCAAUGGCUCAUCUGUCGACCUUCCAAUGAUCCAGCGUGACUGGACAGCUCUUGAGACCCUUGCCGAGGUGUCUAGGCAGAUUGAAGCCAGUGAAAAGCACGAUGACCGAGGUCAGUCAGGUCAGACAAAUCAUGCCGGGCCAUCUACAGCAGGGCCAGGACAGGCACCGGCCACACCUGCACCGAAUGGGCCAGAGCACUUUGAACUCCAGGAGCAAUUCACUCUGGACAAUCCGCCGGUCAACCAAGAGAACCGUCAGCCAAAAGAUAAGAAAACAGGCCCAAAGUCCUCCCCCGAGGCAGGCAAAGAUUUGCUUGCCGAAGAAAACCUCGCCGAACUCAUCCAAUCUGCCACUGAUUCGGCGAAUCUGACCAUGGCUGCUGCUGCCGCUGCUCGACUCCAGCCAGCUGUUCUCGACCCUCAACUUCUUGCCGGAGACGAAGCUACGCCAGCCACACCGGAUACACCAGUUCAGUCAAUUGAACAACAGGCAGAUGGCGAGUCGGCCAAUCCUCCUGCUCCGAAUUCUUCGCAGCCCUGGGGAGAGAUUACAUACAUGUCCGACUCACUUCAUCAGGCCAAUCCAGGCGAGGCCCUUGCCCAGUCUGCAGCAGCCCUAGCUCAUACUGGUUUUCAGAUGCAGACUGGCAAUAGCCUCAAUGGGGCCAAGGCUCGCCACUCAAGAGCCCGGUUCGAUGCUGUCCGACGCAAGGAGGUCCAAGAGGUCCGGAAAAUUGGUGCCUGCAUCCGCUGCCGGAUUCUGAGAAAGACCUGCUCACCUGGCAGCCCAUGUGACACCUGUCGCAAGGUCCUCUCUCCCCGGGUCUGGCGUUCCGGCUGCCUGCGCACCAAGUUUUCUGAACAGCUGGAUCUCUACACAGCUGGCGUUCAGAUUGUUCUUGCUCAGCACCGCGUCAACGCACUGAAGGCAUCCACAGCUCUUGCCGGCUAUGGACUGGUCAUGGAAGCCUGCCACUUCCCAGAUGGACCAACCCGCCUGUCUUUCAACGUCCUCCAGGCAAUUGGCACCCAGAGCUCCACUGGUAACCCCGAUGAAAACCUCCAUACCAGUGUUAUGAUCGACACGGAUAACCAGGAUGUCCCUGGCCUGAUGGAGGCUUACAUGCGAGAGGUUAUGCCUGAAUUUCUCCAGCGUGAGCCCUCUCAUUUCAUGCGCGUCACCCUGGACACAUCUCUGGCCAUGGCCAGGGAGACCAAUGAUGACCUGCUCACAAAGGCCCUUGAGCUGUGGGGCAUUGUGGAAAUCCUAGACCGUGAGCGCCAGUGGUCUAUUCGCGUCAAGCCAGACCCUGCCACCGACGACAAUUCGGGCUGGAUCAAAGAUGAUACCCAGGUGGACGUCUUCACCACCAUCUGCCUGCAGCUUUCUGCUGCUGCUGAGAGAAAGGCAGCCUCUACAAGCAAGAACCUCCUGGCUGGGAUGCAGCGUGCUCUGCAGGACAGCAAGAUAAAGGUCGGCUACAGCAUGUAUUUUGCAACACUGAUCCUGCUGCACUGCGCCGAGAAGUCCACCUGGGCCUUCAAGGCUUGGGAGCAGGACAACCUAAGACCCAUGUGGCCACUCGAGAAGGCGCCAAACAAUUUCACUUCACAAGGCUAUGUCAUUGCAGAUCUUCUGCGCAUGCUGUUGGGCAUCCGAAAGGCCCUUCCCCGGACGACAUGUGAUGAGUCAACUGGGAUGCUCGUCACCUUGGAGCAGGAUCCAGUCAUCCGCAGCUAUUUUGAGAACCUGCGUCUCAACUGUGAGUAUUGUCCUCUUUUCUCACCCUCUGGAAAUUUUAGCUAACAAAUUCCCACAGACUCAUUGGUCCAAUCGAGACAG